AAUUUGAUGAGGUUAUGGCGGCAAAUCAGAAAGAAAAUAAUAAUUGCAUGGAAUAUUGGAUCUAAUCAAUUUAUUUUUAUUUGUUGCAUUUCAAUAGAAACAUUGACCAUGGGUAUUUUAAAUUUGACGAAAUUACUACAAGACGUUGCACCUAUGGCAAUAAAAGAGUCCGAAAUGAAAAAUUAUUUUGGUAGGAAAAUAGCCAUUGAUGCUUCUAUGUGUUUAUAUCAAUUUCUAAUAGCAGUAAGAAGCGAGGGAGCUCAACUGACUUCAGUUGAUGGGGAGACAACAUCUCAUUUAAUGGGAAUGUUCUAUCGUACCAUAAGAUUACUCGAAAAUGGUAUCAAACCAGUUUAUGUAUUCGACGGUAAGCCACCUGAAAUGAAAUCAGGUGAAUUGAGUAAACGAGCUGAGAAAAGAGCAGAGGCUCAAAAGAGUUUGGAUAAAGCAACUGAAGCUGGAGAUACUGCCGAAAUGGAAAAGUUUAAUAGGAGGUUAGUGAAGGUUACCAAACUCCACGCGCAGGAAGCUAAAGAAUUACUGGCCCUCAUGGGAAUACCCUACAUUGACGCCCCUUGUGAAGCCGAAGCUCAAUGUGCUGCUAUGGUGAAAGCAGGUAAGGUGUACGGGACUGCGACAGAAGAUAUGGACGCUUUAACAUUUGGAUCCAGCAUAUUACUUCGUCAUAUGACUUUCAGCGAAGCACGUAAAAUGCCCAUUCAGGAGAUUCAACAUAGCAAAAUUUUAGAAUCUCUUGAACUCAAUCAAGACGAAUUUAUCGAUCUCUGUAUAUUAUUAGGAUGUGAUUAUACUGAUAGUAUUAGAGGUAUUGGACCUAAAAAGGCCAUUUCUCUUAUGAAGGAACAUAAAAGCAUCGAAAAAAUUCUGGAACAUAUCGAUAAGAGCAAGUAUCCUCCCCCUGAAAACUGGAACUACGUAGAGGCUAGAAGAUUAUUUAAAGAACCUGAUGUAGCCGAUCCAGAGACUAUAGAUCUGAAAUGGUCACCUCCUGAUGAAGAAGGUGUUGUGAAAUAUCUAUGUGGCGAUAAACAGUUCAGCGAAGACAGAGUUAGAAACGGUUUAAAAAAAAUCAUCAAAAGCAGGAGUGGUUCAACACAGAGUAGGUUAGAUAGUUUCUUUAGUGUGACUACAACUCCGGCCAAAAGGAAAUUAGAAGACAAUAAGAAAAACACCCCGAACAAGAAAAGCAAAUCCGGUGGAGGUGGAAGGGGAAGGAAGCCUAAAUGAAAGAAUUUAUCUAAGUUAUUUUUUAUACUUGUAAUACACUUCACAAAAAUCAAUAUUUACAUCUCAUCAUUUUCUCCAAUUUUAGUCUCGAAAUAUUUGUUCCAUGAUUUCUUCGUUUAUUUCUGAACGUUUAUGUUUAUAGUAUUUUUUUAUGCUUUCCUAGAAUUGAAGAAUCUCAUUUUAUAUUUGAUGGGACAAGAAAUAAAUUUUUGAUUACCAUGAA